AUGGAGUCUCCUCGCGAUCCACAAAGCUCCAGGCCUGUUCAUACUUCGGCAGGAAAACUGGAGAGUGGCGGUUCACCCACAGCAGCUGCGAAUGGUCAGAAUGGUUCUCCUGUCGACAAUAAGCGUAGAUUAGGAGAGAAAGAGGAUACAUCAAAAGCUGCUGAAGACCGCUCCGGUCCCAAACGCAGGCGAGUUCAAGAACGACAUCAAAAGCGACGACCGGGCCGAUCGCCGCACUCUGUCUAUUCCCGGCGGGACGCAGAUGAAAUCGCACAUUCCCCAAAUCGGAACGAGCAGUCGCGUAGAUCGCCAUCUCCCCUACCUCCGCGUCGUUCACCUACACCGGAAGCACAGGCGCGGCAGCGGAAACGACCGGGCGGUGGCGCACGUCGGGGCCUCGUGGAUCCUGAAACUAUCCGCAGGAGACAAGAAGAACGCGAACGCGCUCAGGAAAAUGAUGCUAUGCGCUACUCCUUGAGUCGAGGCGUUACAGAUAUCGUUCGCCAACAUUACAAUGCCGUGCCUCAGCGCGGCAGGGAAUGGCGCAAAACCGAGAGUAAAAUCAAGGGGCUGCGCAGCUAUAACAAUUGGGUCAAGAGUACCCUUAUUCAAAAGUACUCGCCAGAUGAGGAGUUUGUCUCUCGGACUGUUGAUACCAAGGACUGGGCUAAUGAUGCUGCACUGCCACCCGUGGAUGAGAAACGACUGCUGGUAAUCGACUUAGGUUGUGGUAAAGGCGGGGACUUGGGCAAAUGGCAGUUGGCGCCACAGCCUAUCGAUCUCUACGUUGGCCUUGACCCUGCCGAGAUCUCUAUUGACCAGGCACGGGACCGCUACGCCCAAAUGAGAACUGGACGUGGACCUCGUCAACGUCGUGGUCCCAUUUUCCAUGCAGAAUUCGCACCGAAAGAUUGCUUUGGUGAAUGGCUGGGGGAUGUUCCCAUUGUGCAGCAGGUAGGAAUCGAAGCCAACGUAGGCCCUGGCGGUUCUCUCAUGGCCUCGCGAUGGGGUGGUGGUGGAUUCGAUGUUGUCGCAUCCAUGUUCACGAUCCAUUAUGCUUUCGAAAGUGAGGUCAAGGCAAGACAGAUGCUACGUAAUGUUGCUGGAUGUUUGAAGAAGGGCGGGCGUUUCCUCGGAGUCUGUCCGAACUCGGAUGUCAUCAGCGCAAAAGUCGCCGAGUUCCACGCAAAGCGGAAGGAGAGUGAGGCUGAAAAGAAGAAAGAAGCUGCAGAGCCUGAAGACGGAGAAGUUGAAGAAGACAUCAAGAAGGCGGAAUGGGGGAACCCCAUAUACCGUGUGCGCUUCCUUGAGGCUACUCCUGAAGAUGGAGUUUUCCGGCCGCCUUUUGGGUGGAAGUACAAUUACUUCAUGGAAGAAGCUGUCGAAGAGAUCCCAGAGUAUGUCGUACCAUGGGAAGCUUUCCGAGCCUUGACUGAAGAAUACAAUUUGGAACUUCAAUAUCGAAAGCCGUUUCUCGACGUGUGGAAGGAAGAGAAGAAUGACUCUGAACUUGGCCCGUUGAGCGAGCGGAUGGGAGUCCGUGAUAGGGCUACCGGUGAGCUUUUGAUGACAGAAGAGGAGAAGGAAGCAGCAAGCUUCUACCAUGCAUUUUGCUUCUACAAAGUCUAGGACGCUGCCCGUCGCAGGCUUGUGUUUCCACUAUCUUUGCGCCUCACUAGAGUACAUAUACCGGUUCCGUUCGCACAUUUCAAUUUUAUCUCACUCAUUUCUAGCUC